AUGGGGAAUAUCAUAGGAGUAGAAUGCUCCUUUAAUAGAGCUCAUAUAACUAUUGUUGUAUCUAACGAAAAAAUAAAAAAUAAAUAUUCAAAUAAUAACAUAGUAGGAAAUAUAUAUAAUUGUUUUUCUGUUUGUUAUAAUAAUAAUUAUAAAAUAAAUCAAAACUGUAAUUACAUUUCUCCAAUCUCUGAGAGUGAAAAAGAAACAGAUUGUAACUUACCAAGUGAAAAUUAUAUGACCAAAAAAAAAGACAUAUUAAAAUAUUUUUUAAAUAUACAAGAUAUAAUAAAAAAUAAUAUUCAAUUAAUUAUAUUAAAUAAAAAUUUUAAGCAAAGUAAAGAUGGUGAAUUUUCAUUAAACGAAUUAACCCAACAUUUUAAUGGUAAUAGUGAAAAUAUUGAUGAAAAAUUUUAUAUAUAUAAUAAUUUUCUCAAAAAAAAAUUAAAUAUUAAUGAGGAUGAAAUUGGUGAAGAAAUAGCGACAUUUUAUUUCUUAACUGUUAAGGUGAAAAAUAUUGAUAAAGCUAUAUUAAAAUAUCCAGAACAAACAAUUAACAACACACAAAUCAAUUUAACGGGGAAAAGAAGCAAAUAUAUAAUGAAAAAAUUAAUUAAAAUGAGAGGACUUAAGAAAAAUAUAUAUAUCCACAAAGAAAUCACAUGUAUAAAUAAUUGUAUAAUGUUUUUAAAAAAUAUAUAUCCACAAAGUUUAUAUCAUUUUGUAAUGGAAAAAAGUGAUUUGGAAAAAAAUUAUGAACAGACAGGAGAUAAUGAAAAAAACAAACAAUUGGACUUAAAAAAAAAAUAUAUUGAAAAUAAUGACUCUAUUAAGUGUGCAUAUCCAUAUAUUAUAGCUAACAUGAAAAGAGCUACUACUUAUCAUCUUGUUAAUGAAAAAAAUGAAAUUUACCAAAUCGGAAAUUGUUUUAUUGGGUAUAAAUCAGUUAUAUCCCUUUUUUUAUUGAUAACUGGAAAAUUGUGUUCCAUGGAAAAACUAUUUAAAAUAGCUAAAAAAGGAACAAAUAAAACCUUUGAUAUGUCUGUUGGCGAUAUUUAUGGUACAUCUUAUUGUAACGCCGGUCUAAGUAGCGACCUAACUGCAUCAUGUUUCGGGUCAGCUAUGAAUAUUGAUAAUAUAAAAGACAUAUUUUCCAACCAUAAUAAACAAACUAAUGGCGUGAUAAAAAAUGAGGUGAACGUAUUUUCAAGUAGUAGCGAAUGUGAUAUCAGUGAAGAGUGUAGCAGUGAUGAGAUGAAUACAUAUUGUGAUAUUGAUAUUAUUCCGACCUUAACAAAAAGUAAUUACAAUAAUAACGAAAAAUGGAUAGCUAAUAAAAAAUGUUUAAAUAAUCACCACACAAAAUGCAAAUAUUUUUUCAAACAAAAAUAUUUAAGUGAUGAUGAAACAGCUAUAAAAAAAUAUAUUAAAAAAAAAUCCAGAAAACAAUUAGGAAAUAAAUGGAACUCUUUAACUGAUCAUGAAUUAUAUAUAAGGAAAGAUUAUAAAGAGAAUUAUUAUUCUUCGUCAGAUGAAGAUUUUAAUUGUGAAUUAUUAAAAAGUAAAAAAAAAAUUCAAAAAUAUUAUGAACAAGUCAGAAAAAAAAAAAAUUCAAAAAUGAAAAAUAUGUAUGUGCAGGAAAAUUAUGUAAAUAAAAAAACUGCACAAAUGGAAUAUAAUAAUAUUGAAAACAAAAAAUUGAACACUAUACCAGAACAAAACCUCGAAAAUGUGAAUAAUCCUCUACAUAAUAAAAAUUCUACAAAAUAUUUUACCAAUAUAGAAUGUGAUUUGAGUAAAACUUUAUUAUCAAUGACAAUAUAUAAUGCAACACAAAUGGGGUAUAUCCAUAGUCAUGUAUAUAAUGUUAAACAUAUAUUUUUUUCAGGCUUUUUUUUGGAAAAUUCAGCUUGUAUAGAAUUACUCAAAAUUUAUAUAAAGUUUAUGUAUCAUAAUGAGCAAAUAUUAUACUUUUUUAAAUAUUCUACAUAUAUAAGUAGCUUAGGGGCAGCUAUACAACUAUUAGACUGGGAAUAA